AUGCAACAACACGAAGAAGUUGCAAAUGUGUCUCUGUUGCGUGCGGGUUUACUAGGCUGCUCUCCUACUGCACCAACUCUUUAUCAUCAGCUUCGACGACGGCAAUCUUCACUCAGCAUCCAGGCAUUCACAAAGGUUUUGUGUGCGAUACAUAAUGUAUCGCAAACAUUUCGCGAUCAAUUUUCAAUUGCGUUUGACGUAUAUCUUGCAAUACUUCGCGAGGUUCAGUCCUGGGUGGAUAUAGCACUUGGCCGCACAGAUCCCAACUGGCGCCUUCAACAUGGUUGUCCAGCAUGCACGUUUGAGCAACCCAAUGAAUGUCUGCUGUAUCCUGCCAGUCUCAAGGCAAUGGAUGGGAAUAACUCCGUGAAAUGCAUGGCGAAUGCUGGUAAUGCAGAUCGCCGUAUCUUUCCCAGCAGGUAUAUGAUUCCCCCCGAUCAAGUUGACAUGUUCAAGGACGACGUACGGUUACGACCCGGUGAACGCGGAGCCAAUCAAAACAAUAACGCCACAUCAUGUACCGACAAUUGGAAGGCUGCUAACUCAACCGAUGAGAACACUGUGCACGUUUUCGAACAGACUGGUAUCUUUCUCUCUGCCUGCCGACAUGGAAUUGUCCAAACAGUUACCGAGAUGCGCCGCAGUGGCGAGCUCGCUAAAUAUCCUCUCGCAACAAUGAAUAAGCUUCUUGAUGUCUUCGGUGACAACCAAGCCAUCGGUAGCGAUAUCAACAAGGCUGACAAUCAUAAGCUUUCACUGUCGGUCAAUGCAUUCCAUGGACAUGCUCACAAUCGCAAAUGUCAGUUGCAGUAUCACCCCAUGUACCUACGUGGCUUCAGACUCGAAGAUCUCAAGACUUGCGAACAUAUUUUUGCAAGCUCGAACACCACAGCAUGCCUCAUUCGCCACGCGUCACAUUUUCAUUACGGUCAGUUCCUAGACCUGCAUUUUGACCAAUGGGACAUGGAUAGAUAUUUUGAACUCAGCCGCUUUAUUUUCAAUAACUACAAACAAGCAGUUACCUUGAUCACCGAUUUUACCAAAGAACUUGACGCCUACCGCUUAUCCUUCCCUGACCAGGCCAUGGAUUUUGAGACCUGGGUAGCCGAAGAACUCGCGUAUCUGGAGUCUGUUGCAUUGGAGCCUGCUCGCGACACUCUCGCAGUUGAUUAUUUCAACUCGUUUAGAACGAACCAGUUUUUGACGUACUUGCCGUCAUCAUUCACACCUGACUCUGGGUUGAGUGUCACAGCUUCACAAACAACGAAGCAGGCACAAGCAGCUCGGCGUGCAGUGGAGCGCCGUCUUCAAAUUCAAAUCAACAUUGUUGAGGAUUUAGAGACUCACCUAGACAUCGCUGACCGGUGGAUACCUGAAAGCUAUAAACUUCGAAGACAAAUAUCUCGAGCCAUCGUCAAGCGAUCCAGUACAAUUUGUACAGCGCUGGACAAGCCAACCCUACAAUAUGGCGAGGUUACGUCUUAUGCAGCCCUUGGCGAGUUUGAGAUCCUCAAACAUUCACGACACAAUAUUCUGACGAAGCCUUGGAGCAAUCCCACACAUCUUUGGGAGCUAUAUACAGUAGACCAGGGAUAUGCCAGUGGGGUACUCUGUAGUACUCCUUUGGGGCAUGAAUUUGAGCCCUUGCCCAUGGGAAUUUAUGGUAAUGUGGUGGCACUAUAA